CUGAGGUCUUUGUGUCUCCCCGAUGCAUUUAUUGAAGCAGCAACAAGGCAGCAGCAAUUAGAAGAAGCUCACGCCCUGCAGCAGCAGCAGCUGCAGCAGCACCUGCAGCAGCAGCAGCAGCAGCAGCAGUACGUGGUUAGGGCAGCAGCUGCGUACAGCACUUCUACAACAGGAGCAACAGCAGCAGCAGCAACAGGAAGGGCUGCGGUAGCUGUAGCACCGCGAUUAGCUGCUAAGGGUGCAGCAGCAGCAGCAGCAGCAACAGCAGCAGCAGCAGCAGCAGCAAAGGCAGCAAGAAACCCUCAAGGGCCGUUGUGGGGUUUUAUUAGGCGGGCGGAGGCCUCUAAAACCCUCGACGCCUUUUUAAAAGGAGACAGAGACAACACCCGGCUGCUGGUGCUAGCGGGUCCUGAGGGAAGUGGGAAGGCUUCGCUCCUUCGAGAUGCAGCCGCCCGUCUAACGCAAGACAAACAUAAACCCCCAAUCCUGCUGGCCUUCGAUGUCAGUAUGAUGGCUCAGCGCUCCUUCAGUGGUUUUCUGGGGGUCGCCAGGGCCGCAGCCGCGAGGCAGCUUGGGGCUGCAUGCAGCGAUAUAAACCCGUCUUUGCUGCUGCAGCAUGUUGCUGCUGCUUGUCCUUCGUUUGCUGCUGGCGUUAGUGCUGCUCUCCGCUAUGCAGAAGCAGCAGCAGCAGCAGCAGCAGGGAAGCAGCAGCAGCAACCAGCAGCAGCAGCAGCAGCAGCAGCAGCAGCAGCAGUUCCCUUGGACUGGCUGUCUCUAAACCCAAGAGAGACAAAUCUAAUUACUUCUGUGCUGAAAAAACUUGAGGAUGGGGCUACAGACGCUUGGGAUAGUCUCCUUGAGUUUGUGCUCGGGGCCAACAACAAGUCGUCAGCAAAACCCCAGGCAGCAAUUGCUGGCUGGACUGUCUCGGCCCGUGACUCUGCUGCUGCGCUGCCCCGAGGCGCUGCUGCUGGGGCAUCCUUUACGACUUGGGGCUGUUUGCAGAUUCACGCGUGCGCUCGUUCCCUCAUUCCCUUCAAUCCGGAUUUGUUUAAGCCGCUUCUCUGCACAGACUGGAGCGUCGCCGAGGCCUCUUAUUUGGCUGUGGGGGGAAACCCCAGGCUGCUCCGCCUCAUCUUUGAGGACCUUGAGCAAGCCACUAUAAAUUUCCUGCAAUCUCUUUCAAAAAAAGCAGCAACAACUCAUCAGACACCCCAGCAACCCGUCCGCGACUUCGACGAUGAACCCUCCACCCUAGGGGGCCCCCAGGGGGGCCCCCAGGGGGCCCCCCAGGGGGCUUACGAGGGGGCCCCCCAGGGGGCCCCCCAAGGGCCCCCUCAAGCGGCCCCUCAGGGGGUUCCUCAUGGGGCCCCUCAUGAAGCCCCCCAUGGGGCCCCCCAAGGGGCCCCUAAAGUGGGUUCUCAGGGGGCCCCCCAAGGGGCCCCUAAAGGGGGUUCUCAGGGGGCCCCUGAGGGGGCCCCUGGGGUGGAGAUGUGUGUGUUAGAAGGAAAUGCUUUUUAUGAAGGAGAGCUGCUGCGAGGUGCUGCAAGCCGAUUGCGGGUUAAUUAUUAUUCUUUAUCUAAAAAGGACGGGGGGUAUCAGCAAACUGUUGAAGAAGAAACACUCAAAAAGUUUGCUGAAGUGCAGCGCAUGCAACAGGAAAGACUCAGAAAAAUGUCAGAAACUUUUCUCGUCAAAGAGUUUCGUCGUUUUGAAGGAAAAGUAAUUCAAUUUUUAAAUUUUCCUCUCGUACGAAAACUGCGAGAAGUCAGCAAAAGCGAAGUCCACUUCCUUGUUGUCGUGUGCGAGACAAUACGGGAAUUUUUAAGAAGACCGUACGUGCUGUGCGAAGACUUGGGGCAAAUAAACAACACUGUCAUCCUGGGUUUGCUGGCGGCGAACCUGGUGAGGCCCCGUCUAAACCCUCGUCGGCUUGAGGUCUGCGGUGUCUUUGAAAAGAAUCUCCUCCAGGCUUACUGCAACCAAAAAUACGACAACGCAUAA